CACAGAAGGAUCUGGGAGCUGCUACUGGUUCAGCAGGGCUGGGAGCAGCAGAGAACAGCAGUGCUGAGGGGUGAGCAUUGGCAGAACCACAGCACUAAGGAGAUGGGAAUGACAAAAUUACAUGGCCUGGCCAUUCUAGUGACAGCAGGGAUCACUGGUGCAAUCUGGUACCACUACCCUUUCUCCUCAGCCAGAGCCCAGGAGCACAAAGCCUCCCCUGGAGAGCAUUCAGCCCUAAAAAUAGACUUAGAUGAACCAUCUCUGAUGCUUCCAUGGAGAAGGGACGUGCUGGUGCUGACACCAUGGCUGGCUCCAAUUGUCUGGGAAGGCACGUUCAGCAGGGACAUCCUGGAUGCUCAGUAUCUGCAGAAGAACCUGCUCACUGGAGUGGUCACUUUCGCUCUUGAAAACUAUGUCCAGUUCAUAGAAGGGUUCAUGAGCUCUGCCAACAAAUACUUCCUUGCUGGGCACCCCGUGAACUUCUACCUGUUCACAGACAGUCCCGAGAAGAUCCCCCACCUUCAGAUGGCCCCUGAGAACCACCUGUUUGUCAUCCCUGUCCAGGAUGACCCCAGGUGGCAGGGCAUCUCCAGGAGCCACAUGGACAUCCUCAGCUCCUACAUCCAGAGGCAGUUCCAGCACGAGGUGGACUAUCUGUACUGCGUGGACAUCAAUGUCCAGCUCCUGGCACACGUCGGCGUGGAGAUCAUCGAUGCCCUGGUGGCCACCAUCAGCUCCUGGCAGGUCACCCCACAGCAGGACAAAGCCUCUGAGACACACCCCGAGUCACAGUCUGCCAUCCCUGAGGGACAAGGGGACUUCUACUACACAGCCAGCUUCUAUGGGGGCAGCGUGGCUGAGAUGUACAAGCUGAGCAGAGCCUGCUCUGCAGGGCUGGGGGAGGACAGAGAAAAUGGCAUUGAGGGACCCUGGCACCACGAGAGCCACCUCAACAGGUACCUCCUGCAGCACAGGCCCACUCGCCUGCUGUCCCCAGAGUACUACUGGGACACAGAGCUGAGCUCCAGCAGCAUCAAGGUGAAGAGGAUGUGCCCUGUGCCCCAGCACAGCCAGAGGCAAGCUCCUCCAACAAAGAGUGAGAGGCCUCUCUUCUUCACAGUGUGAGUCUCUGAAGUUUCCCUCAUCUGACUCUCGAUCAUCAUGAAAGGGACAGAGCUUGGGGACACUGAAGAAAAAGGACCCUUGUGUGACAUUCUGGCCCUGUUGGAGAAAGGUGGCUGCCAAGGACCCUGAGGCAUGAGCACAGUGCUAGGCUGCUGUUCACAGCUGUGUUUGCUGGAUGCUGCACUGGUGGAAGGAGGAAAGGGGCACUUGGUCCUUUUGCAAUGACAGCCCUGGAAUUUCCCCACCUCUCAGCUUGCCUGGACUUCUCCUGAGUUCUGGGUGGUCCUCACAGAAGACCCCUCACCUGUUUUACAACCACUGUGACAGACAGACUGAGAUGGGAGAAGCCUCUCCCUCAAGGACUGAGACAUGAAACCCCUCUGUGAAAGGCCCCCCCCCCCCCUCUUUCCAAGGACUGGGACUGAAACCCCCAACCUGGGAGGUGUGGGGGAGGCAAGCUGGCCAGAGCAAGAUGGAUGUUUUGGGUGUGACAAGAGGACAAUGGCUCUCACCCACUGCUGAGAACACGGACUGUGUGCACCCUUCUCCAAAUACCAUUUUUCUCCAGAAAAUACAAUAGACUGCCUUUGAUUCAAUUUCAAGAUCCAGCCCCUUCCCCCACUAAAAAAGAGUAUAAUAAGAGUUUGGAUGAACUGCAGCCUCUGAGCUCUCCCCUGAUGUGACCUGCUGAACUCCAUCAGCUGCACAUGGAAGGACUUUGUCUCUCUAAACCUUCCUUUCCCUUCCUCCCUCUUUUUCCUUAUUCUUCCCUUUCUCCCCACUUCCUCCCCAAUGCAUUUGCUGUGGUCCUUCAAUAAAGGUGCAUUUGUUGUUGAUUAAUACUGCAA